AUGACUGAAUUAAUUAUAAGUGAACUUGAAGUCGAACGUAUGCUUAAAACCCUCGACAGCAACAAAGGAACCGGACCUGAUGGAAUCCCAGCACGGCUACUCAAAGUUACUGCCCCCAUUAUUGCUCCCUCUCUUUUUAAAUUAUUCAAUAAAUCAUUACGUCUUGGAACAGUUCCGGACGAAUGGAAGCUAGCAAAUGUUGUACCUGUACAUAAAAAAGGGGAUAAAGGUCUGACUGAAAACUACAGGCCCAUCUCAUUGUUGUCGAUCGGUUCGAAAGUCCUAGAACGCAGAGUACUCAUGAGCAUCAAAUAUCACCUAUCCCAAAUUAUAAACAUGUAUCAGCACGGGUUCCUUCAAGGUAAAUCGUGUGUCACAAACCUAUUGGAAGUACUUGACUACAUUGGUAGGAUUCUGGACAAUGGAGGACAGGUCGAUACUGUCUAUCUCGAUAUGUCUAAAGCUUUUGAUCGGAUCAAUCACAGAAAACGAAUUAACAAAUUGAGGAAUUUCGGCUGUGGAGGUAGAUUGCUGAAAUGGUUCUCUUCGUAUUUAACCGGUCGUCGUCAGCGCGUCACAGUACUUGGUGCUACAUCGAACACACUUCCUAUAUCAUCAGGUGUCCCGCAAGGCUCCAUCCUUGGACCAGUUCUGUUUUUGUUAUAUGUCAACGACCUUCCUGAUUCAGUAACAACCAGCAAAGUGGCAAUGUUUGCUGAUGAUACGAAGCUAUUCUCGGCGAUCAAAUGUCAAAGCGAUGCG